AGUAAAUUUUCAAAAGGUCCUAUGUGCAAAAUCCUCAUUCUGAGAAAUUUCAUGUUGAAGUUUUGUGUGAGAUUUUUAAAUCCUAUUUAAACACGUUUGAGUAUUUUUGAAUUCUAAAAACGUCAAAGUGGACCUAGAUCGAUGCUUUUUAUGUGCACUUAACGGGAAUUAUCAAAAGUCUAGUUUAAACUGAUUUCUAAAGCAAUUUGUUUCAUACGACCUGUGAGUGCACAUAGGACACGAUUCAUAGGACAAAUUUUACACAUAGGACUUAGCACAUUGGACCUAAUUCGUGUAACAUUGCACAUAAGACUUUUCCAAAUUAAAUUCAAAUCCUGAUUAAAAUAAAACAACUUUUUUAUUAUAAUUAUGUUUACCCCACCCUCGCGCAACGUGUUGUCAUCAGCUGAUCGAGAGUAUGAAAUGUUUCAAUGCUUCCAGAGCGGGAGAGAGAAACCGUUAUGAGAAUAUGUUGACCAAUCAGCGCUUCCGUCGGCAUCUGUCAGAUAGGUGCUGGAAAAUCGACCUAUCCGACAAUGUAAAUAAUAUUUUGCAGAGUACGCAUAGAACUUGUGAUGUUUUGACAAUUUUCGGUUGGUUUUUUGCUUUUUUCGCGUUUUUUAGUGUUUUUAUUCUUGUCAGGUAAGUUUUUUUUCGAGUUUACAGUACGGUGACAGCUCGUAAUUUGUUCGUUUCUUCGCGUUUAAUUUUUAUUACAGACGAUGACGACUGCUGAAUCUCCUCUCGCAAACAAACGCACAUUCAGCUUAUCAAUCCCGUGUUCCUUCGUAGUUCGGCCCCUCGUGUGACAUGAUUGGAAUUCCGUUCCAUCUACGACCACCCCCGGGACGCACCCUCCACUCGCUGGUCCUCGCAAAGGUCCUCGCCUCAACGAAGCCGGCCGAUUUAUCCGGGACGCAGGACAAGAGCACCCGGCAAAAGAUCAAUUUCCACGAGCUUAAACAUCCGAGCAAGGUUCCCCAGCGUCCAAACAAAUCUACGAUUGACGGCCAGUCGACACCAACCCGCAUCCCGGUGGACGCCCAAACGGUGCAGCUGCUGGAGCGGUUAAGCCUGGUGGAUCUGGACAGCGCCGAGGCCCACCGGACGCUCGAGGACGCGUUCGAGUUUGUGUCGCAGAUUCUGUCCGUGGACACCGACGGCGUAGAACCGCUGAACACGGUACUGGAGCGCGAGCGGUUGACGCUGCGCGAGGACCGCGUGUCCGACGGGAAAAUCCAGCAGGAUGUGAUGAGGAAUGCAUGCGUUACCGAGGAGGAGAACUUUGUGGCGCCACCGGGAAAUAUUCCGCUCGAGCAGGAACCAAGGAAGUGA